ACGUCAAACACGUCGUUGCAAAUCACACGUACUUCUUCUCAGUGAUUUCAAUCAAAAAGGCUUUGUAGAAUGACGCAGCAGCUAGUCAAAAUCAUUGUGAUCGAACUAAACCAACCACCUUUUAAUUUAAAUCUAACUAACAUCACUUUCAACGCCCUUCACCCUCCUCAGCUGUUACAGCUUUUAAGCGAUGUCUUGUGCGAAAUUGAAUCGAAAACUCGGGUCGAUAUCAACGACGAGCCAGUCGAUGCGUUGGCUUUGCGUUUACUGACCUCGUUACAAAUUUUCAAAUUCAAACCUGAAACGGAAGAUCCAAAUGAAUUCCGUGAAGGUUUGAUCGCUGGUAGACCGGAAACCAUCAACCCGAUACUUAACUGGCUACUGCAGCGUAGGGAGGACCUGAAGAAACGAGCUUACUUGUCACGCUACUUGGUCAAGAUUGAUAUCGCGCCUGAAAUGCGGUCAGACAGUGAUGUUAUUGAUCUUUAUGAACAGUACGAAUUCCUGAUUGAAGAGUUUAAACAGCGACACAAACAAUUCGACACCAGCCAAGCUGUAAAUGACACUGUAUCCGAUCUAAGAAAAGAUCUCCAAUCAAUGGAAGAUGACAGAGAAGUUUUGAUCCGUCGAAUUGAACGCACACAACGCAAAGUGGAGGGUGUGGCGAAUUAUAACCAACUACUUUCCAUGGCGAAAAAGCUGCGCGCCGAGAAAGAGAAGAGCCGCGAGUUUCAAACGCAGAAAGACGACCAAAAGAGUUACCUCAGCCACUUGGAAGCUCGUCGCCAACGUCUAACUCAUCAACUGAUGGACAUGCGUCAAAGUAAAGUCAACGCGAGUGGGCAGAGUUUGAUACAGCGUGCUGAAGACGCCAUUCGAGUCAAUCAAUACAUGAUCAACGAAAAGCUAACUAAGGAAACCCAGCAAAUAACAGCUAGCAUAGCUUUGAUGGAGAAAGUCUUAGCGCCGCCCAAUCCAACUUCAGCGGAUCUUCAACUUGUCGUCCAGAAGAGCGAUGAACUUCGUAGUCAAAUUGCUCAGCUAACGGAGAAAAGAGCCUUGCAGAACGAUCCGAUAGAAGACGGUAUGGCGCUUUACAGACAACAGUCGCUUAUCAUGUCCCGGAAAAAAGAAGCCUGCGCUGAGAGAUUAAAUCACGUCAUUCAGGAAAUGACGGCACUGGAGGCCCAACUUCAGGCCAAAAAACAACAAUUGGGUGAAAAUUCCGACGCAUUACUAACUGGUGAGCAAUUCAAGGCUUAUGUUAGCGAUUUGCGCGUCAAAAGUAACGUGUACAAACAGCGACGAGCCGAGUUGAAUGACCUUAAAGCCGAAUACGGCAUUCUGAGCCGGACACUGGAAAUUCUCAGGGCUCAGGAAGGAGCACUGAGCGACAGUCUCGACCGUAUCGAAACGCAACAAGGUGUCAGAGGAUUCCGCGAAACGAGGGAUCUUCUCGAGCGAAUUUCGGACGAAAAGGCCAACACAGACGAAGAGAAAGGCCGUACUCUAGAAGAAAUGUCUAAUCUCGUCCGCCUUCUGAAUUCUAAGAUCAACGACAAGAAGGUCGCUCUCGCUCCACUUCUCCGAGAAUUACGACCUCUAAGACAAACUUACCAAGAAACAUUGCCCGAAUACGAAGCUAAGAAAAAAGAAUAUGACGCACAGGUUCAGCUAAUCGAGGAUACCAUCUCGUCGAUAGUAAACGUGAAAAGCGGUUUGGAGAAUGAGAUUGUCACGCUAGAAGAACGAUGCCGUCAGCUGGAAGCUAACCUAACGAAAAAUGAAAAAUACCUACAGAGGGCCACCGACGAGAUGAAACUGUACGUCAGCGGCGUUCAACAGCAACAGACUGAACGCGGGAAAUCCGUUCGGGAUCAACUUCAGCAUAAAAUUGCGGAACAGGAGAAGCUCAACGCUCAACUGCGUCAAGAUCAGAAACAGCUUAGAGAUAACCUUCCGCAAAUGGAGCAGCAGAUCAAAUACUGGGAGAAAAUAGAAAAGAUAUUCCGAGUCAAAAUGCUUUGCCUGGAGAAAAAUAAAUUACAGGAAGGAACAGUCCGGCGUGAACGGGGAAGAGAAACGUUGGUUCUACAAUGAUGAACACAAAGUUGAAGCAAUAGCACUUAAAUUACAUGAAUGUCUUGUAACAAAUAUCUUACAUAUAAUUAGACCGUUAUCUCAAAACUCAAAUAGCAGCAUUUCCAUGUGCUUUGUUGUUUUUCUUACAAUUUGAGUCAAUAAACUUUGAGUCU